AUGUCUUGGCGCCCAGUGGUCUAUCAUUCACGUUCUAUGUCUAGCUGUGAACAGAGAUAUGCACAGAUAGAGAAAGAAGCCCUAGGUGUGACUUGGGCUUGUGAACGCUUCAGCAGUUAUCUGAUUGGAAAGAAAUUUGAAGUAUUGACAGACCACAAGACACUGGUUUCAUUACUUGGAUCUAAAGACCUAGAUACACUUCCACCUAGAAUUCAGAGAUUCCGUAUGAGAAUGAUGAGAUUCCAUUACAGCAUCAAACAUAUACCUGGUAAAGAUCACGUAAUUGCUGAUACUCUUUCAAGGGCACCUGUAGCAAAUAAUAGCGUGAACAAUGACAAUUUACAUGGGGCUAGUCAAGAUUAUGUUGACAUGGUCUAUUCAAGUUUUCCAGCUAGUGACCARCAGUUGAAAAACAUUGAACUACAUCAACAAGAAGAUGAUACUUGCUUACUCAAACUCUAUUUGCCGGUGGCAUCGGAACUGACGGUUGUAAAUGGACUGUUGAUGAGAGGAAGUCGUAUUGUAACUCCAAGUUCUUUGAGAAUGGACAUGCUUGAUAAACUCCACUCAGGACAUCUUGGUAUUGUUCGCUGCCGUGAGAGAGCAAGACAGUCAGUGUGGUGGCCAGGAUUGGCUCAGCAGUUACAAGAGUGUAUAGAAAAUUGCAGCGUCUGUCGACUGAAUGCAAGGAAUCGUGCUGAACCUCUUAUCCCAUCAGAGCUACCAGAGCUACCAUGGCAGAAACUUGCAGGCGAUCUUUUAAGGCUGAUUUACACGCAUGGUUUCAGCCCAGCUGAGCUGUUAAUGUCAAGACGCCUUAGAACAACUGUGCGUAUUGUGUCAUCUCAUCUUAGACCUACAGUUCCUGAUUACAUCACUGUGAAAGCCAAGGAUGRCAUGAUAAAGGAAAGGCAGAAAAGGAAUUUUGACAACCAUCAUGGUGUUAAAGAGUUGAAUCCCCUCAAUACUGGAAACAAAGUUUGGAUAUCAGAUCUUAAGUCAUAUGGGACAGUUGUUAGCAAUCCACAAAACAGAAGUUAUGUUGUUACUGUAAUGGGGCUUGGCUUACUAACUAGAUAG